UCUGCCAUAUGCAGGCCCAGCCCCGCGGAAGGGAAACGAGUGGGGUCCGAGGCCUGAGGCCCAGUGACCCGGAGCAGAGGCGGCAGGGUGCACCCUACCCUGCGGCCAGGCGGAGCCAAAGAUGCCGAUCUCUCCUGCGCGGCCCCGCCCGGGCCCGGGGUUGCCUCCGGCCUCGCCUUUCCGGCUGCUGCUGCUGGCGGUGCUGAGCAGCCCGGUGUCCGGUCGCAUCCUUCGCUCAGUGCCCAGGACCUCGCUUCCCAUCUCCGAGGCUGACUCCUAUCUCACUCGGUUCACCAUUCCUCAGAUAUACAAUUACUCUGUUCUCCUUGUGGAUCCUGCUUCCCAUACACUUUACGUUGGCGCCCGGGACACCAUCUUUGCUUUAUCCCUGCCUUUCUCAGGGGAGAGACCCCGCAGGAUUGACUGGAUGGUACCUGAGACCCACAGACAGAGCUGUAGGAAGAAAGGCAAAAAGGAGGCCGAAUGUCACAAUUUUGUCCAGAUUCUCGCCAUUGCCAAUGCCUCUCACCUCCUCACAUGCGGCACCUUCGCUUUUGAUCCGAAGUGCGGGGUUAUUGCUGUGUCCAGUUUCCAGCAGGUUGAAAGAAUUGAGAGUGGCCGGGGGAAAUGUCCUUUUGAGCCAGCUCAGCGGUCAGCAGCUGUAAUGGCUGGGGGGGUCCUCUAUGCUGCCACUGUGAAAAACUACCUGGGGACGGAGCCGAUUAUCUCCCGGGCUGUGGGUCGUGCUGAGGAUUGGAUUCGGACAGAGACCUUGCCAUCCUGGCUCAACGCUCCAGCUUUUGUCGCAGCAGUGGCCUUGAGGCCAGCCGAGUGGGGGGAUGAAGACGGAGACGAUGAAAUCUACUUCUUCUUUACCGAGACUUCCCGAGCGUUUGACUCAUACGAGCACAUUAAGGUUCCGCGGGUGGCCCGAGUGUGCGCGGGGGACCUUGGGGGCCGGAAGACCCUCCGGCAGAGGUGGACGACAUUUCUGAAGGCUGACCUGCUAUGUCCAGGGCCUGAGCAUGGCCGGGCCUCCAGCGUCCUGCAAGACAUGGCCAUUCUUCGACCUGAGCAUGGAGGGGGGACCCCCAUCUUUUACGGCAUCUUUUCCUCUCAGUGGGAGGGGGCCGCCAUCUCUACUGUCUGUGCCUUCCAACCACAAGACAUUCGGACAGUGCUGAAUGGUCCCUUCAAAGAGCUGAAACAUGACUGCAACAGGGGACUGCCUGUCGUGGACAAUGAUGUACCCCAGCCCAGACCUGGAGAGUGCAUCACCAAUAACAUGAAACUCCAGCAAUUUGGCUCAUCGCUCUCUCUGCCUGACCGUGUGCUCACCUUCAUUCGAGAUCACCCACUCAUGGACCAGCCAGUGAUUCCAGCUGAUGACCACCUUCUGCUCGUAACUACGGAUACAGCCUAUCUCAGAGUCGUGGCCCACAGGGUGACUAGCCUCUUAGGGAAAAAGUAUGAUGUGCUCUACCUGGGGACAGAGGAUGGACACCUCCACCGAGCUGUGCGGACUGGAGCCAAGCUCAGUGUCCUUGAGGAUCUGGCCUUAUUCCCAGAGCCACAGCCAGUUGAGAAUAUGAAAUUGUAUCAAAGCUGGCUCCUGGUUGGCUCCCGUGCUGAGGUGACACAAGUGAACACAACCAACUGUGGCCGUCUCCAGAGCUGCUCAGAGUGCAUCCUGGCCCAAGACCCUGUCUGUGCCUGGAGCUUUCGGCUGGAUGCAUGUGUGGCCCAUGCUGGGGAGCAUGGAGGGCUGGUCCAAGACAUAGAGUCAGCAGAUGUCUCUUCUUUGUGCCCUAAGGAGCCCGGAGAACACCCAGUAGUGUUUGAAGUUCCUGUGGCUACAGCUGCGCAUGUGGUCUUGCCCUGUUCCCCAAGCUCAGCCUGGGCAUCCUGUGUGUGGCAUCAGCCCGGUGGAGUGACUGCACUUACCCCCCGGCGGGAUGGGCUGGAGGUGGUGGUAACCCCAGGGGCCAUGGGUGCUUAUGCCUGUGAAUGUCAGGAGGGUGGGGCAGCCCGCGUGGUAGCUGCUUAUAGCUUGGUGUGGGGCAGCCAGCGGGGACCCCCAAGCCGGGUCCACACAGUGGGGGCUGGACUGGCCGGCUUCGUCCUGGGGAUUCUUGCAGCAUCCCUGACUCUCCUCCUGAUUGGUCGGCGUCAGCAGCGGCGGCGGCAGAGGGAACUUCUGGCUAGAGACAAGGUGGGCUUAGACCUGGGGGCCCCACCAUCUGGGACCACGAGCUACAGCCAGGAUCCUCCCUCUCCCUCUCCUGAAGAUGAGCGGCUGCCCCUGGCCCUAGCUAAGCGGGGCAGUGGCUUUGGUGGCUUCCCUCCACCCUUCCUGCUUGAUCCUUGCCCGAGCCCAGCCCACAUUCGGCUGACUGGGGCUCCCCUGGCCACGUGUGAUGAAACAUCCAUUUAGGGCUGGGCAAAUGACCACUACUGCAUGAGUGACCACUGGAAUGGAAUGACCGCUGAGACCCUGGGGGUCACUGGGCUUGGAAGACCGUCAUGGCCUCAGUUCUUUUUGGCCUUUGAGUGGUCACUUGACUUCAGUAUCUACCUUCUCUGGCCCUGGAUGGGCUCUGAGCCAGCCCUUUGUCUGAGUCCUGAUUCCUGAGUCUCAUGAGAGAUCAGAACUUCAGAGAAUCAAGAUUUUUUCCACCCCUGGUCUGAGCUGCUGUGGCCCCUUCAGCCCUCGUCCACUAUCUUGGGCCCAUUAGUUUGGGAAUGGGACAUGGGACAUAGCUAUGACUUUGCCUUCUGGUUAGACCCUGGCUGGAAGGGAGACCUGUGGACACGAUUGGGGGCUGAUGUGCACUGAGUCCUUAGGGUGGCUUUGCUGAUUCUCCCAGUUGAUCUGAUUCUCUGUGGGGAGUGCAUGAUCCCCAUGCUGCAACAUGGAAUCUUUGCCCUGAGAUCUCCCCCUAUCCCAGUUUUCCUUCUUUCAUGAAAGAGCAUGUGUGUUCACAGGAGACCUGGCCAAGUAUGCAUAACUGGGCCAGCGCUCAGGAGCUUUCACAGUGAGUAAGGAGCGGGAGGCUGGGAGGGGGCACUCCCUGCAGAGUUUUAGACCCUGUAGCCAGCGAGGGGAUGGCUUUUCUUUCUAAAAGGAAGCAAACCACUGCCCUUCCCCAUCACCUCCCUCAACCUUUCUCUUGAGUAGAGAAAAACUCCCAAAGUGACCUUCUGGGUGGGAAGGGCAGAAGUACAUGUGACCCAAUCUUUUUCUUUGUUUUUGCCUCCUGGCUGCCACCACUGCCGUGCACAGCUGCUCUUUCUCUGGCUGGGCCCCCUUUCCUUGGCUCCCAUUGAAAAUAAACUUCACAACAUUCUAAACAUUAAGGGACAGCAAAAGGGGAACAGUCACAGGAAAUACACGCAGCAUGGAGAUAGGUUUGUAUCAGUGACGUUACUCAGGUUGACGCCCUUGCCCUAAAGCAGGAGUUCUCCCCUGGGGGUUCAUGGACUCCCUAAAAUCGUAUGCAAAAUGUUGUCUGUACUUGUGUGUCUGUGUUUUGCUGGGGGGAGGUUUUAUGGUCUUCAUAAGAUUCCCAAGGCCUUAACAAAAUUAGAGGACCACUGCCCCAAGGAUACCACACCAUGGCCAAGCUGAGAGGUGCCACUCAGUGGCAGCUCUUUCUGCUCCACCCUACCUGCCCUGUGGCCAGCCCCUGGACUUGCAGCUGCUGGGUGCCAUCUCAUUUCCCCAGUCUCUGGAAGCUGGGCUCUGUGCAUAUUUGAUGACACUGUCAGCUCUCAGCAAACUUCCUGCUUCACAACUCGCAGAUGCUUUAGGCUUCUCCUGCUCAGUUCCGGUCUUGGCCUGUGAAUGUGCCUCGUUCAUCCCUGGUGAGGGAAUCCCUUGAGUGAGCUCCAGUAAAAGAUCCAGCCCUUCCCAACUGAAGUUUUCAGCUCCACUUUCCUUGGCAGCAGCCUGUGAAUUACUCAAAACAGUCCCCUUGGGUUUGGAAUUAUCAGCGGCUUUGCCCUAAUAAGCAUAUGAUCUUCGGCCAGUAAUCUAACCUAAGAACAUCCAUUUGCUCAUCUGUAAAGUGGGGAUAAUAAUACCUACCUCAGGGUUGCUGCAAGGAUUGAAUGACAGAACAUGUAAACAAUAAAGCACUAUACCAGUAGA